AUGGCUUCGAGAGACGCUGCUGGAAAUAGACCACAUUCGACCGAUAUGGAUAAUUCAUUUCCCAACCCCGUACCCGACAGCGAUCGAGGCGAUGGCGAGAGUAUAUUAUCAUCUCGGAUGACCGACAUAGCCUCAGAUGAUGGGGGUGAACACGGAAUGGCACCUGCUAGUCGAGGCGCACGCUUGCCAGGACACCGAGGAGGUGCGGAGACAUCAAGACCGAAUACUGCUGUGACAGGAGUAUCAUCGCAGAGAGGAGGUUGGGGCCAGUCCCCCCCGUCUAGAAGAGGAUUUGCCGCUGGUAAUAAUAUGCAACGUGGGAGUACGAUGGGCAGUGUUGCUGGAUCUGCGACGGAAUCGACCGGGACUCGACCACAGAGUUCGAGUAGGACUCAUGUGCCAUCAUUGACGUCGCAUGCUUUUUUCCGCCCCAUGAACGCUCAAAGGUUACAAGCUCAAAGAGGUGUCAGACCUUUCGUACCACAGCCGAGCGACGAUGGAUCUGUAGAUGGAGGGAGCAGUGUUGCAAGGAAUAGUGUUACCUCGAAUCCAAUUGGAAGGAUACAGAGCACUGUGGAUGAAGAUGGUCUACCACCGCCAUCACGAGGUACUGAAAUGACAGAGCAGGAGACGGCGGAGAGAGUAACAGCAAACACUAGCCCUACUCGUGGACACUACCCGACCGGAAGCUUGUCGGAAAGUGUGAGACCACUCCAACGACCCAGCAACAAUAAAGGCUUAAGCCUGAAUAUUGAUAAAAAUUAUAAGCAUGGGCUUGGGGCAAAUCUGCCUACUCCUGCUAAAUCACCUCGGUCUUUUCGAUCUAGCUUUCUCCUACCCAGCCGAGGUGAUAGUCAAACUAACCAUCCUGAUCGCAAUACCCAAGGGAGAGAAAAGUUGGCUUCUGUCGCUUCUUCUCCAGGCAUGCCACCAGAACCACAAAAGCCCGUUCCCAAACCUGCAAAACUCGGUACAAACUAUCAAUAUUUCACUGGAAACACCGUCUUCUUCUGGGGCGGUCGAUUACAAAACUCGCGAGAUAAACCAGUCAAUAUAGCUACUGGCUUGCUCACUAUAUUACCUGCGGUCCUUUUCUUUACAACUUCUGCACCAUGGUUAUGGCAUAAUAUUUCACCAGCCAUACCUAUUGUCUAUGCUUACGUGUUUUACAUCUGCAUAUCAUCAUUCAUCCAUGCUUCCGUUUCGGACCCUGGAAUUCUACCACGAAACCUUCAUCCCAUGCCACCUGUUGACGAAAACGAGGAUGCACUCGCCAUCGGGCCAUCAUUGAAUGACUGGACGAUGAUCAAAUCAGCACAAUCAAGUGCAGCUGCCAUGGAGGUACCAACAAAAUACUGCAAAACCUGCAAUAUUUGGCGGCCUCCUCGUGGCCAUCACUGCCGAGUAUGUGACAAUUGUAUCGAAACUCAGGAUCAUCACUGCGUGUGGCUCAACAACUGCAUCGGAAGACGAAAUUACCGUUAUUUCUUCGCCUACGUUAGCUACUCUACUUUAAUGGGUGCCAUUACCAUUGCAGCAUGCCUGGCGCAAAUUCUUGUCUAUAUGAACAGAAACGACAUAAAUUUCAAGCAGUCAAUCAGCCACUUCCGUGUCCCGUUUGCCACGGUCAUCUACGCCGUUAUCGUCACCCCUUAUCCCGCAGCAUUAAUGGGCUAUCACCUUUUCCUUAUGGGCCGUGGCGAAACCACCAGAGAAUAUCUCAAUUCUCAUAAAUUCCUAAAGAAAGACCGCCACCGUCCUUUCACCCAAGGAAGCGUCCUCAAGAAUUGGUUCGUUGUGCUUUGUCGACCAAGGCCUCCUACGUACCUAAACUUCAAGCGAAAAUACGAAGAAGGGGAUCAAAGAUUCGGCGAGAGAAAAGGAAAAAGAACUGCACCUAUCAAAAAAGAGUUUCAAGGCGGUGCUGCACUUUCUGCAGCCGACGUCGAGAUGCAGAAUGUUAAUAAUGGCAGUCGCGAAUUCCAGGGGUCGAACGCACAGUAA